AAAACAACUGAGUUAGAGAGAGAAGAUAUAUUAUUAAUGUUUCUCUCUCUCUCUCUCACAGAGUACUUACUGUAGCAGACCAAAAUAUCUUUUUUGCUAACUUGCGCCGCUCGCCGGUGAUCUCUCUCUGAUCUUCAAAUCACCACCGUCGGUUUGACUGACAUCUUACACUUUUUUUUUUCUUAUGAAUAAAGCUAACGUGCGCCGUUCACGGUGACUUUGGUUUCAAUGGAGGUCUCGGAUCGGAACUCUUAGAAUCCAAAAAGUCUUUUAAGGUUGUGGAGGAUUGGAUUUCUAAAUUUUUAUUUGUUUGAAAAAGGAAAUCUGAGAGUUCUUUUGUGGUUUUGGAGUAGAAGAAAGUUGAGUUCAGAGCUCUCAGAAGUGUUGAAAAUGGAGUCUGGGGAGGUUAGUUUGAACAGAGAGGGUGGUGGUGGUGGCGGUGGGAAUAGUAGUAAAGGAGGAGGAGGAGGAGAUGCGUUUAUAGAUAGGAGCAAAGUGAGGAUUUUGGUGUGUGAUAACGAUGCCAAGAGUUUGGAAGAGGUUUCCACUCUUCUUUUGAAAUGUUCUUAUCAGGUAACUUCAGUCAGGUCAGCUAGGCAGGUGAUUGAUGCACUGAAUGCGGAGGGAGCUAAUAUAGAUAUCAUACUUGCUGAACUUGACCUUCCUUUGGCCAAAGGCAUGAAGUUGUUGAAGUACAUAAACCGGGAUAACGAUUUACGACGCAUUCCUGUGAUCAUGAUGUCGGCACAAGAUGAGGUCUCUGUUGUUGUUAAGUGCCUGAGGCUUGGAGCAGCAGACUAUCUUGUAAAACCUUUACGCACCAAUGAGUUAUUAAACUUGUGGACACACGUGUGGAGAAGGCGGCGCAUGCUUGGACUGGCUGAGAAGAACAUCUUGAACUACGACUUUGAUCUGGUGGCAUCAGACCCUAGUGAUGCUAAUACAAACAGUACUAUGUUCUCGGAUGACACAGAUGACAGGUCCCGUAGGAGCACUAAUCCUGAGAUGGGAUUGUCAGUUCAUCAAGAAGAUGAGUCUUCUGCUGCUGCUGUAGAGCCUCCAUACAUUGAAUUAGAUGAAUACCGGCCUGAUGUGCCAAAAAUUAGUGACCGACGAACUGGACAAUUUUCAUCUGGCCCAAAGAAAAGUGAACUAAAGAUUGGUGAGUCUUCUUCUGCUUUCUUCACUUAUGUCAAAACAAGCACACUACAAAAGAGCUCUCAAGGGGUUGCCAAUGUCGAGGAAAAUGUUGCUCAAGUGAGGACGAGAGAGAACCAUCAAGCAUGUGUUCAACAAGUGGUUAAUGAUACCCAAAUAAAUGACUCUGGAGAGGCAUGGGAAAGCUAUUCGCAAGGAGAUGAAUUUCCAAGCAGUAAUAGUAUGCCCGAUUCUUUUUCAAUAGAGAGGUCUUGCACCCCACCUGCAUCAACGGAACUCUCACAGCAAAGGGAUUUGAAGGAUGAAAGGUUCUCUCAAGUGCUUUUGCACCCAAGAAAUGAACAUCAACUUGAUGCUUCUGGCUUACCUGCCCAAGCUGCCUUUCCAUAUUGCAUGUCAGGAGUUGUAAAUCAAGUCAUGAUGCCAUCAGCAGCACAAUUGUAUCAAAAGAACCUGCAUGACCUGCAAAAUCAUUCCCCUAAAGCUAUGAUGUCACAGUACCAUCAUCUUCCACAAUGCCCUCCACAUGUUAAUGGAAUGGCACCAUUCCCGUAUUACCCUGUUAAUAUAUGCUUACAACCUGGUCAAAUGCCUGCUUCUCAUUCUUGGCCAUUUGGAAGUCCAUCUUCCUCUGAAGUAAAUUUGAAUAAAGUUGACAGAAGAGAAGCAGCAUUGAUCAAGUUUAGGCAGAAAAGAAAGGAGCGAUGUUUUGAUAAGAAGAUUAGAUAUGUUAAUCGAAAACGACUUGCUGAAAGAAGGCCUCGUGUGCGGGGCCAGUUUGUGAGGAAGGUAAAUGGUGUAAAUGUGGAUCUUAAUGGGCACCCGACUUCUGUUGAUUCUGAUGAGGAUGACGAAGAGGAUGAGGAGAAGCAUGCUUGAAAGUAUUCCUCUCCUCACAAUGAUGCUUCAGGAUAUUAAUGUGGUUGUGGGUUAUUGAGGAUCGUUUUGUCCCUUCAAUGCGGUAAUUUCCUUUAAAGUUAGAAUUCUUGAAAUUUCAUGUAUAUUUAGUUGUUCCCUUACCAGAUGCGUGAGAGCACUGAGAGGUGGUGAUUUAGGCGAAAUUAUUCAAUGUCCUCGGUGUAUUCCACCUUUCUCUCUCAUAACGAUGGGUGCUGCGGGUCAUGCACCAUGAAAUCGACAUUUAUGUGGGAGGGGGGUGUAAUACACUUGGUGUAUGAAAUAAUUUCUCGUGAUGUAGAUUUUCACUAAAAAAGCAGUCAUCGCAUAUUUAUACAAGGGAUAUAUCACUAUCAGAAACAGUCACAGGAGAUAUUUCACUAUCAGUUUAGUGAACUGUCUUUUCUGUAGAAUUAUAUAAGCAGUCAUUGGUAUUUCUUAA